AUGCACAACAUCGAAUGGAAUGACGGAAUUGCUUCACAUAAUAUGGAUACGACACCAAAAAAAGUCACUGUCCCAGUAGACGCAAAGAUUUUAUCACAGAAAUUCACUCAAUUAUCAAUAUCAACAAACAAUGAAGAGCCAGCAACAUACGAAGAGAUUACAGAUGCAAUUGAAAAAAUUCCUGAAUUUUUAGCAAAACGGAAUAAAUCUUUCAAGCAAAUGAUUCAUGAACUCAUGUCAAUAGCAACAAUGGAAAUAUCAAUUAAAACAAAAGAAGAACUUCGACAAAUAGCCAUUUUAAUAUAUAAAAUAAUGCUCAUUCAAACGAAUUAUUCUCUAUGGACCACCUAUUUAAAAUCAGGUACGGGACAACUUAUUGUUCCAUCAUCGGAAAAGUUGAACUUUCCAACAAAUUUACCUAUCUGGCCAAAAGCGAUUAAAAUAUUAAUACAACACUCAACAAAAAUCAAUCAAAAAAAUGAAAAUCAGAUUUGUAUGGAUUUAGUCAAUGGUAAAUUAUAUGAACUAGAUGAACAAUUAAAACAAUAUGAGGCUCAAUUGAAUAAGAUUAGAAAUGGUUUUUAUGGUUAUACUUUACAACAUCAACAUUUAAUUGAAAGAUAUAUUGAACAAAACAUGUCUUCUCUACGCAUGGAAAUUAAACAUAAAAUUGAACUUAUUCAUUAUGAUUAUCAUAUACAAGCAUUGAAACUACAGUAUCUUAUACACAAUCCAAAUAACUAUGAAAAACAACUACUGAAGCAACUUUGUCGAAGUAAAUAUGAACAAGAAAUGUCAGAACAAGAAUUAAUUUUUCUUCAACAACAAAUAACUUAUUAUAAUUCACCUAGUCAAUCAUUUGAAAAUUCACCUAUAGCUCAGCCAACAUUGAUUAAUUCUAUUGAAAAUCUUCAUAUUCGACAACAACUCUUUAAUCAAUACAAAGCAAUCGCUGAAAAUUCAAAACUUCAAUUAUCGACGUUGUAUAUAAAAGCAGCCGAAGUACAACGUGAUAAAUAUAAACAAAAGUAUCAUGAUGAUGUCAAGCAAAUGUGGUCUUAUAAUCAUGUAGCAACUUACGAUGAAAAAAUGCCAUUAUUCUUGAUUGAUCUCAUUAAUGAACGUUGUAAAAAAAUUGGUGAAAGUAUACAAUCAAUUUAUAAAUUCAAAGUUCAAUGCUUUCUAACAAAGUCAUAUUUCUAA